CAAAACAACCAAAAUCCAAAUGAGGGCUUUUGAAUUUAUCAUGGGUUUCUGCCUUGGACUGGUUUGUGGGUUUCGAGUUUUUGCUCAUUCAUAGUGUGGAGAUUAGCCUUUCAUGGAUGAAGACAGAGAGAUCAGCCUUUUUUUCCGAGAUAAUGGAUUCUAGCAAAAGCUCUGAAUUGGAAAAUGAAUUGAGUGUUGUCAUAGUUGAUCAACAAGAGGAGGAUCAAUUAGAACCUACUCAUGGAAGUCCAAGCAGAUCAAACACUCCGAGUAGACAUGACUAGCAAAAUGUAGAAGUACCAAAAGUUGGCAUGAAGUUUGAUUGUGAUGAUAGCGCUUAUGAAUUUUACAAAGAGUAUGCUCAACGGAUUGACUUUAGUGUAAGGAAAUAAUUUGUAAAGCGAGCAAAGAGGGACAACUUAAAAGGAGAACAUUUUGUUGCUUAAAAGAGGGUGAGCGAAAUGUUGACAAACGCCGAGAGCAAGUAUCUUUUCGCCGCCCAGUAUCACGAGUGGGUUGUUUAGCACAAAUGACUUGUCAACUCCAAAAGGAUGGUAUGUUAGAUGUUGUUUUUUUCAUGAACAACAUAAUCACGAGCUUGCUUCUUUGCCAAUAAAGCAUAUGUCAAGAUCAAAGAGAGAAAUUGCACCUGCUCAAAAAGCCAUUGCAGAUGAUGAAGAGAGGCCUGGAAUAUCAAUUACACAAGCCAUUGAUUCAUUGAGCAUGCAAGUAGGGGGUGGUGAAAAUCUUGAGUUUAUGAAUGUUGACUAUAAGAAUUCUGUACAUAAUGAGGGGGGGACGGCUUUGAAGAAAGGAGAUGGUCAUGCCGUGAUGGAAUACUUUUGUAAGAUGCAAUUAGAAGAUCCAUCUUUUUUUUAUUCAAUACAACUUGAUGAUAAUAAUCAAAUCAUGAACAUUUUUUGGGCUGAUUCUAGAUCAAUAGUUGAUUAUGGACAUUUUGGAGAUGUUAUAUGUUUUGACACAACUUCUCGGACAAAUACAUACAGUUGACACUUUGCUUCAUUUGUUGGGGUUAAUCAUCACAAACAAACAAUUAUCUUUGGUGCAACUUUACUUUAUAGUGAAACAAUAGAGUCAUUUAAAUGGUUGUUUGAAAGUUUUUUGAGUGCAAUGUCAUGGAAGCAACCAAGAACUAUACUUACAGAUCAGUCUGCUACAAUGGCUAAAGCAAUAGCUGAGGUAUUUCCUGAAUCAAAUCAUCGCUUAUGUGUAUGGCAUAUUUAUUAGGAGGCCACUGUGCAUCUAAGUCAUGUAUUUGAUUCGUUUCAAGAAUUUGCAAAUGAUUUUAGUGAUUGUGUGUAUGGUUAUGAAGAUGAAGAUGAAUGGCUUGUUGCAUGGGAUAAUAUGCUUGAGAAAUAUGCUCUUGUUGAUAAUAAAUGGUUAGGUGGGAUAUUUGAUGUGAAGGAGAAAUGGGCUAUGGUAUAUGGUCGACAUAUGUUCACUGUUGAUAUGAAAAGCACCCAACGUAGUGAGUCAAUGAACAAUACGUUGAAGAAAUACUUGAAUGUUAAACUUGAUUUUGUGCGUUUUUCGAAACAAUACUCUAGAGUUUUGGCUGAUAAGCGACAUCAAGAACUACAAGCAGAGUUCAGAAUGAGACGAACAAAACCUGUUUUAUGAGUUGAUUUAGAGAUGUUGGGACAUGCUGUAGAGUUUUACACCCCAGAAAUAUUCCCAAUGUUUCAAGAUGAAUAUUUGAAGAUGGGGGAUUGUAAAAUUUACCGGGUUAAUAAAUUUGAUACUAUCAGAGAAUACAAAGUCACAUAUAGGGAGAGAACUCAAGAGCACCUAGUUAAAUAUGAAGCCUCAACGACUAUUGUGGAAUGCAAUUGCAUGAAGUUCAAUUUCAUAGGAAUUCUAUGCGACCAUGCCUUGAAAGUUCUUGACAAGAAAAAUAUUAGGAGACUUCCAGCCCAUUAUAUAUUGAAAAGGUGGACAAAAGAUGCAAAGGUUGGUUCUAUCAAGGACUAUCGUGGCAUUUAUAUUAAAGGUAAUACUCAAGAAUCGAUAGGAAAGCGCUACUCUCAUUUGAGUAAUAAAUUUCAUGAAAUUUCCACACUUGCAGCAGAGAAUGAGAUGAUGUAUGAACAUACCAAAAGAUGUUUUGAAAAUUUAUUGAAAGAUUUGCAAGAGAUGAGAAAGAAAUGUUAUUCCAUUAGUAUGGAAGGUCGCGUAGAGGUCCAUGGUGAAGCUAUUCAUGCAGAUGUAUUACAAUGUAAUAGUGGAUUUGACUCCCAUAAGGAUAUAACUUCUCAAGAUUAUGCUGUUGGACACUACUUUAAAGAUUUAUAUGGUUUAAAUCAGGUUUCAUCACCUCCUGAUAUUAUCCAAGAAGAGCACCAUAUUGGCAACAACUAUAAGUAGGUUGGAUUUAGAAACCAGCUUUUUUGGAUGGAGAUUGGAGACCAAAAUGGGUGGCGUUAAGAGUACAAGUUUAUUUGACCGAAAUUGGAGACUAUUUUUGACUGUCAAUUGUUAAGUAAGUUGUUAAACUUACUUCUUCUUCUUCUUCUUCUUUGUGUUUGUGUGUGUGUCUAUUUCAUUUAGAUUUGCAAUUGUUUUGACAAAAUGUUGCAUGUGAUGUGAUCAUUUACCACACUUUUUUGUUUUGUCACAAAAGCUGCUAAUAGUUUUGUUCUGGGCCAAUACAAUUGUGCUGGUUGUAACCAAGAUUUGAACAAGAUUUUCUUUUUCUUUUUUUGGGGGCAGAAAACUAUUAUAUUUAUGAAUAAAUUUUAUUUGAUGCUUGCCAAACUGAGAUAAUAUCCUAUCCUAACUUGCCAAAGUCACAGAAACAGUAAUGCCCUUACUUAGCUCAUUGAAACUGUCUUUGCAUCUCAAGGGUGUGUUUGAAUCUGUGUCAAUGGUCUUAGAUUAGAGAUAAACACCUUGAAUCCUCAAGGUGGUUUGUAUCCCUUGGCUUAACAUAGGUUGAGCCUUAAAGCUAGCCUCUACCAAUAAUUUUAUUUUACUCAACAGCUCUUGCUAAGCAUCUUUUUCUAAGGGCUAAAACCUACAAGUGAGAUGUAAUAACAUUCACUUCGACAAUAUAAAAAUCGUAAAAGCCCAACUUGUGCCAUAAGUGAAGACAAGUUGUAAUAAUUCCAUCUAAAUGAAUCUUUUAACGGAAAUGUUUGUAAUCUUGAAGUUAUUCUUUUCAUAUUUUAAUUUGAUAAUUGUAAACGCAAAUAUCUUUAAAGGUGUGCAUAGAAGGUUAUAAUCAAGAAGUAUCUAUUAUGUGCAAAAUCGUUAACUGCUAUCAAGGAGUUUUAAAUUUUAAGUUUUUCCUUCAAUUCUUUUUGUUUAGAUCGAUGAAGAAUAAAUAGAAAACACCCCAAGACAGAAAAACCUCAUAGCUUCUGAAGGAGAAGGAGAAAUGUAAAAUAAAAUAGAAACUAAACCACUCCACAGAUCUGAAGGCCCUUCCAACAAUCUACUAGACAACUACCAUUCCUAUGGCAAUAUUUUUCCACCUUUUGAUUAACAUUAGUUCCAUUGCUACACAAUGGAAAUUCUUUAAGCUGGAAGCCUGUCCUUAGAAAAAUUAUUAGUCUGAUAGACCAACAAAUUUGAUAAACAAGUGAGCUAACCACAGCUGAAGCUUCACAUUUUAUGACUUGUAGGCACAGAUGACUCCUUUUCUGUCCAAGCUCAUUUCAAAAAUAGUUGUGUUGUAUUAAAUGACCAAGGGCCUUGAUCUAGAACCUUCUAUCUAGUCUCAGUGUAAUCGAACACAUGCACAAUUACACCUGUUUCCAGCAUGUGACUGAGGACUAGCUCCCUCUUUGCUUCAACAGUGUUCCUAAUUAGGCAUGAGUAUUAAUGCAUAGGGCUUGGUUCAGAAACAUGGACCUCUUUUUGUUCUUCUUUUACGAUUUCAACAAACAUCCUUGAUAUCUUCCUGCCAUCACUUUCCUUGUUGAGAUAAGUACAUCCAAAUGCAGCAAGAAUCCAAGCACGGAGUAGGAAAACCCCAAGCAUAACCACAAGCAUUGAGGGUCAAUUCUUUCAGUUUAGAGAGGUUGUGGAGAAAGUAAAGGAAAUAGAAUUCAAUCCUUUUGAUGAUGAAGUUUGCCAAGGCAGUACAUGUUUUGUGGUCAAUGAGCAAACCAACGUGGGAAAGGAAGGUUGAUGUUUAUAAGAAAUGGGGUUGGUCUGAGGUUGAGCAUGAGAUUUCAUUGGCAUUUAGAAGGCAUCUGUGGCGUAUGAUGGUGUUAAAGACAAGAUUAUGAGGGUAAUAGAUUUUCUUGUCAACGAGAUGGGCAUGGAGUCUUCCCUCAUUAUGAAAUACUCGGAACUUGGAAAAGUGAUUGAUUACUAGGGUUUUGGUUUUUCAAGUUUUGUUAUCAAAAGGUUUGGUAAAGAAGGAUUUUAAAAUGUAUACGUGUUUUGUUUGUUCUGAAAGACAUUUAUGCAGAAGUUUGUUAUGCCUCAUGAGGAAGCUUCUGAUCUAUUGAAGCUAUAGCAAGGAAAAUUGGAUUUUUCUAAAUGAGAAGAGAAUAGUUGUUGGAUUACUUGCUUUAGUUGAGCUCCAAGAUUGAAAUUAAUCCAUAUUUUUUUAUUGGUAAUGUGAGUUCUCUUUAAUUUGUUUAACCAUCAAAACUCGAGUUCCAAAAUGCGAUGCAUAAUCAUCUGCUAGGCUAUUGUGAUCUGUUCUUGCUUUAUACAUGGGCAUAAGUCUGCAACUAGUUCCAUUGCUGAACUUUUGUAACUAAAAUAUGAUUUAUCUGUGGAA